CAGGCCUUUUGAGCACUACUGCAGGGGCCUGCUGCGCACCUGAAAACUGCAAAAGUCAAUCCUUUAGAAAUUAGUUAGAAUUGAGCUAAAAUGCAUGUUAUGCGCCGCUUAGGUUUGAGAUAACUUGCAACCUUGUCGUGCAGCUCGCGUUGACGUGCAUCAACACCAAAAGCAAAAGCGGUACUGUACUUCUACAUUAGUAUCAACCCUCCAAUGGGUCGUUUGCCGUUGCGUAUUAUUCCAUAUCGGCGGUCGGUCGUGUAGUGCCAGUGCGUGGCGCCUAAGCUGCUCUACUUCGGUCCUUCGUUGAUGGUAUCGAUACGAUAGAAUAGUUUCCUGGCAACCUCUCAUCAAGUUCAAGUAACAACGACAAGAUAAAAACUGCAUUUCUUAAUGAAAAUAUGAAAAUCAGGCUCGAACUCGCCCCACCUCAGUAUUUUACGGUUUUCCGACUUUUGAUUUAUUUGACCCCGGCGAGGUUGAGGCAAAUAUUUAUAAGCUCAAGCUGCACCUCGAGAUUUGGAUUUCUGUUGACCCACCUUCUUCUGUUUCAGUUCGGCAGUGUGUUCCAACAAAGAACAUGUCCCGGCAUGAUCUGAGUGGCCACCUGGACGACCACCACGACUCGCGUUUUCAUUACAACUAAGCAAAGCCUCCAACUUUUUCUAGGUGCCGCAUCAGCUGCAUUGAACAAAUACAGUAGCAGUGGCAGGACGGCGAUCAGCAUCAAGUUCUAGUUGGUUUAUUUCCGGCCGACAACCAACCUGCUACUAGCUGGUCGUCUACUACCACGACGCUGUCCCCGCUGAUGAUGUCGAGACGCACUUACCUCGCGCGGGCAGCGUUCGCCGCCCUUCUCUCCCCACACAGCACCGCUUCUGGCGAGAGGAGGAAAACCAAAACUACCCCGAAUAAAGCAGCAAACGAAAAACCCGAACAACAAGAUCCGUACGCUUUCCUCGAAGAGCAUCACGAAGCUGACGAGCAAGCCAUGGCGUACGAGCAAGCGAUGGCCGCGCGGUUUGGCCUCGCCAUGGCGAAUUCCGGGGAGGCGCCCGGGCGGCGGUCCGGGAUGGGAAGCAGCAGGGGCAGAAGGAAGAGAAGGCGUGGUGGAGGGUAUGGUCAUGGGCACCACCAUGGGAACAAGAAGCGCAACAAUAGUUUCUUGCAUUCGGCGUUGUCUUCCGUGACCAGUAGCGACCAAGUGGAUGCUGAUGCAAGCAGCCAAACCGCGCUUGGGGGGCAUUCCGAUUUUUUGCAGACGGGUGAGGAUCAUGCGGGAUUGCUGUCGGAGCAGGACGCACAGGCCGCAGGCGAGAUGGUUCCAGCGGCCGCUGUCAAAAGCCUCACAGGAGAUGAAACUUUGACCCAACGUGGUCGGGCGGGAGAGGCGCACGACCUGGCUUCGUCGCUGGCGAGUUUAUCUCCAGGGUAUUACAUUGAAAACUGAGCGCUCCACGUUCAGCAGAAGGAGGAAAGUGAGCUUGUAUCUGUUUUUUCAAAAAAAAAUAUCGUUCAUUUUUCUGUAUAAUGCGACUCGUGUUGCAUUGGAGCUGUCUUCUUGAUGCAUCAAUUUAAACAUGCAAUCUUAGACAUCGGCAAUGAAUCCUGGAUGCCCUCUGCAACUCAACACUCACGCCUGCGCCAUCAUCUAUCUAUAUUGCGUCGACAGUGCUUGUCUGUUGUUUUUUCUCUUUUGGGGAGUGGUGUCUUCAAUGCGAUACUUGGGAGCUCCAGAGUGGUUCUGAAGGAACGGCUGCAGCACCCGAUGAAGAUCUCUCCCCAGGGCAGGCGCAAGGAUCACCCGCUGCAGGAGGGCCUUUCAGUACCUUUGCGGAGGCGGAGCUAUGUCCUACUCCUUUUCCUACGUUGUUGGGUCGCAAAGUUACUCCCGUCCCGCCCGAUGAUCAUCAUGUCGAAAAAAUACCUCCUGCUGAACAGCCUUCACCUCGAGAGACGUCCGCAGGGCGGACAGCUCCAGCUCAAGUUUCUGAGGAGACCUCGAAAAACUUGCCGCAAGGAGGGUGCUGCGGCGAAGGAGAAGACGUCAAAGCCUACAUCGAGAAGAACAUGAAAGAGAAUACGUAUUAUUAUGGCGUUCUCAACUGUUACAUUCUCAGCAGUUACAUGAUUUGUCAUGCAAAAUAACCAUAAGCCGCCACACGAUCAAGGUGCUUCGCAUGACAAAUUCUCGAAGGGCUAAACACCACCUGAAUGCGCUCCAAAUUUGUAAUGCAAAGCGCGCAAUCUUCCCGCGUUCACUUUUGCUGUUCUUGCACGACAAAUUCAUGUAACAGUUGAGAAUGUGACAUUUGAGAAUCCCAUAAUUAUCAGCAUUCCGUUGGCACAGAUGUCUUCAAAUACCUUCCCUGUCAUACAACAAAGGCUGUUCGCGUUCGCCCAGACGAGGAUAUUCUGCCCGCCAACGAGCGUUCUGGUUACUGCACCGCCCGAAUACUUCGCACCGACGAGCAUUAUGAGCAAAAGUUGGAGGAUGUCAAGCAAGGGAGGUUACGAAAGCGAAGAGCAGUGCUGUCUCUACAACUACGAAACUUAUCGCGUUCGCGAAGGGAUUUUGGCAUUGUGGCGAGGAGUCAAAUAUAAGUCUAGUGCUCACGUUCAGUAGAAGAUAGAUGUUGCGCGAAUUAUGCGCGGCACGCUGAUCAUUUUUUUAACGUUUGGGCUUUAUCGUUAUCCUCAUCCAUGCGCAGGCAUGCCUGAAUGAGAAUGAUUUUCCAUGCAGAAACUCAUGACACCCGAAACGGUGGAAGUGUGUAUAACUUUCGCCACGCUCGUGAUCAUUUUAUUACUUUGGUCUCCAUCCCAGUGCCUGAAUUAGAACAGAAGUAAGCUCGAUGUCAUACAGAAUAAACCCAUCGCCAUCGCCGGAAUGUUUCCGUUUUCUCUCGUGCGCCGGAGAAUCUUUUUUGCGCAUGCACGUGCAUUGGAGUAGCUGUAGGCAGCGUUUUUUGUUUCCAUAAAAAUGCCCGCAGCUGUAUCAGCGUGGAUCAACGUCCCAAACCCCUGGCGUAGUCAAUUGCAGGCAGCUCGAACUAAGCGAAGUAGUGCUAUCGUGACGAGAAAAAUCCCCGUUCCCAGACUUCAAGGGAGUGAAGAAUCUAGGUCACUUUAAGGUUUCUAGAUUCAUUUGGCGCCGCAGAUCGACACGACAAGACUAGACAGCUUAGUAGAGUGGAAACAGUGCCUUGCCGAAUACGUAGUUAGUAGAAGACUUCUUACUGUCAUUGUACGUGUACGCUGCUGCGCACUCGUAUCAUCUACUUCAAGUUCUGCAAGAACUACCCUUAGUCUUACUCAUCUUCUGCAGCUAUACGGAUUGGGGCCAUCGCUGGAUGUUGAUGCAGGCAGGCUGCCAAAGUGAAAGUUGACCUAAACUGGUCCUCCACACUUGUAAAUGUUGUUUGCAGAUUCAGUUAGGGUCGCUCCAAUCAGCGCCAGGUCGCAACAAGUCUGCCAGCUCCCGCGAGGGACUGCAGAUGGUAGUUCCUGCAAAUGCUAGCUCCAGCCCGCUCCCCCGAGGGACUGCAAAUGGUACUUCCUGCCAACCCCCCCCCCCCCCCCCGCCCGGCAGUUCCUGCAAAUGGUAGAAUGCCUGGCUUUGAUGCGUCGGAGAAUUUGACGUCCAGUGCGACAUCGCCAACAGCAUGGGUGACAGGGCGUGAUGUACAUCACAAAUCAUGUCGCUGCUUGGCGGAGUUUCUUUGAGUAUGGGACAGGGAUUUUUCAUUUGAAUAAUUCGGCAAAGUUUUGAGCCUCAGUUACAGUUUCGGCCAGGGGGGUUGCGCAUGCGUAUCGGACAAGGACCAGGGCCAGCACGAUCCUUCCCGCGUCGGCCACGAACCCGGCUCCUAUGACCCCUCCAGCGACCCGCCCGAGGAUAAUCGUGAUGGGCAGACUCAUGAUCCUGCGCCCCUGCGCCUGCUGGAGCUGGACGAGGCCAGCAUCGGCGAAGUCCCAUCCCCAGACCCAAGCCAAGUACUAAGACCAAGCGAGCAUUUCCCGAUCAAGAAGCAGGAGCUCGACCGCGACCCUGCCUUGAAAGCUGUCACGUAUUACGACCACUCGGAAAUCACGGACGUAUUCCACUUGCCGUGCAGCUGGAGAGACGAAAAGAUAGAAUAUCCGAAAUAUUUUUGUUACUACGCAGUCCCACGUGACACGGAGCAUGAUUCGGUUCGCGAAUAUGUAGCUGAGAGAGGUCUGUGCCCACAUACAAAGGCUCUGCCAAACGCUGAACACUUCGCGAAAUAUCAUUAUCAGCGCUGCGAAUGGACACCGUACGGCGCAGUAAGGGACGGCGUUUCUGCAGCGGCUGCGGUAGCGGGGGCCAUACCUUCUGAAAAUGGUGGGAGCUGUGUAUGUGUCCCCGAUGUUCCUAUCUUUGGUCCUGCAGAUUCACUGGGCCCAAACCCCCCUAAGGGUUCGGCGGGGGGCGGCGGCCACGUACUCGCCAUCGUGGGGCGUACUUAAUGUCGAUUCUGGGCAGAGCAGCCGCAGCGCUCCAGACAGCGCUGGGUUUUUUUCCACGCCACAAAGGACUGCGCGUUUUCAAAAUAGUUUAUAGUGUUUCCGCAAUGUUGUAGUUGUUCUGUUGUCGUACUACAACUCAUAUUAAUAUCACUCCAUCUUGAUCAUCUGGAUCUGCGCAUGAAGAUGAACGCACGCUCGUGGCGAUACCAGGGAGCAUGCAGAUUCAGAAAUUUGUCUAAUUCCGUUGCAACUUCUGUCGCACGAGAACGCAUCACAAAACUAAACCCUUUUCAUCUUCUAACGAGGUAGUAGCACAAUAUCAUGUGGCUGUAUCGGCGUUCAACAAUGGCACAACAGAAACAAGUCCACAAGGCUCGUUCUUCUAGUCCAGCGGAUCUUCGUAGUUUCGCUUUUAGUUUCUCCAGAAUACGUACUAAUACUUUUACUCAGUAGGCUCCUCGUGAAAGAACAGCGCGAAAUUUAUAUCGGUCGAGGUAUCUAUUGAAUAGUCCAAGAGCCUCCAAUUAUGUCCGCUGGCCUUUUUUAGCACCACUUAUCGUCUUCAACAUCGUCCAGACAAAAAUAAUUCGGUAUGACGAAACGUGCUUUUCCAGUUUCUCUCCACUUCUAAUAAUUCGGUGUCGUACGAGUUUUACUUGCAACCUUGUCGUGCAGCUCGCGUUGACGUGCAUCAACACCAAAAGCAAAAGCGGUACUGUGCUUAGUAUCAACUCUCCAAUUGGUUCGCCGUUGCGUAUUCCAUAUCGGCGGUCGGUCGUGUAGUGCGUGGCACCUAAGCUGCUCUACUUCGGUCGUCCUUCGUUGAUGAUAUCGUUACGAUAGAAUAUCUUCCUGGCAACCUCUCAUCAAGUUCAAGUAACAACGACAUCAAGAUAAAAACUGCACUUCUUUAAAUCAAAAUAUGAAAAUCAGGCUCGAACUCGCCCCACCUCAGAAGAAGUACUCUAUUUCUAUAGUUUUCCGACUUUUGAUUUUGAUCCCGCCGAGGCUGAGGCAAAUAUAAGCUCAAGUUGCACCUCGAGAUUUCUGUUGACCCACCUUCUUCUGUUUCAGUUCGGCAAUGUGUUCCAACAAACAUGUCCCGGCAUGAUCGCAGUGGCCGCCUGGACGACCACCACGACCCGCGUUUUCAUUACAACUAAAGUAAAGCCUCCAACUUUUUCUAGGUGCCGCAUCAGCUGCAUUGAACAAAUACAGUAGCAGUAGCAGGACGGCGAUCAGCAUCACGCUCUAGCUGGUUUAUUUCCGGCCGACAACCAACCUGCUACUAGCUGGUCUACCACGAAGACGAUGUCCCCGCUGAUGUCGAGACGCACUUACAUUGCGGCAACCGUCGCCGCUAUUCUCUCCCCACACAACACCGCUUCUGGCGAGAGGAGGAAAACUACCCCGAAAGCUGCAAGCGAAAAUAUCAAAUGCAAAAAUGUCUGGGUCUGGAAGUAUCCGAACUUGUGAUGCGCAUUUUACAACAUAGAAAAAUUAUCUCUCAUGCAUAGGUAGCAAAAGCUGCCGACUUUCUGUCACCAUCAAAAUGGGGGAUUUCUCAUGCGGGUUCGGCAUUGCGGAAGCUUCUCGAAGCCUGUGAUGCUAGAGCUUCCAUGCCAGACCUUCUGUGUCAUGCAAAAACAGCAUGACGCUUUCAGACCCAGACAUUUUUACAUUUGAUAGAAAAACCCGAACAACAAGAUCCGUACGCUUUCCUCGAAGAGCAUCACGAAGCUGACGAGCAAGCCAUGGCGUACGAACAGGCCAUGGCCGCGCGGUUUGGCGUCGCCAUGGCGAAUUCCGGGGAGGCGCCCGGGCGGCGGUCCGGGAUGGGAAGCAGCAGGGGCAGAAGGAAGAGAAGGCGUGGUGGAGGGUAUGGUCAUGGGCACCACCAUGGGUGGAACAAGAAGCGCAACAAGAACCGGCACCAUAGCCAUAGCGGCUCCAGUUCAAGAAGUAGCAGGGGAAGGGCUAUGAGCGAGCACAACCCCUCGCCCUCUCCCUCAUUUGUAUAGCAUGAACGGCAAGAAUACAACAAACACCAGCACACGUGGAGCUAAUACAUGACAAAUUUGCGUGCUUCAUGUAAAAAUACUGUUUGGGCUUCAGGGAUUUGUCAUGCAAACAGUGCCACAAGGCAUCCUCGACUGAAUUUGGGGCUUUGCAUGACAAAUGAGGGGGAGGGGGGGGUUAUGCACUCUCAUAAGAGGAGCCUCGGCCGCGGAAGGGCUGGGCGAGCAGGACGACGGCGCAGAAGGAGCCAACAUUUUUUUGACUCUGGACAAACAAAACAAAAAUCCGUGAAAAGGAAGAGAUGUCUUUUUCUAUGAUUGUUUUUUUCCUCUUGUUUCGCCACACUUCAUCUCGCAGGAGCAGGCGCAAGGCUCCUUUCAUCGUUUUAUUUCCUACUUUUCGUUUUGAAUGUCAAUUUGUUUUCCAUCACAUAUUCAUAAAUUUCUGAAAAAGUGCCGUAAAAUUAAAGUGAAAUAGUUUGAAGCACCAGCGAGGUCACCGUAUGCUCGUUCCCUUUAGGGGGAGCUUGUAGUUCUGACUUUGCUUUGUUUUAAAGCACCAGUCUGUAGUCAGAUUCAAAUUUUGAUUUAUCGCAAUGGUAUGGAAAUAAAGCAAGCCAGACGAACUACUUAAGGCGAACAAGUAGAAGAACUGUAGUAGUUCUGAAAUCCCCCCUGGCUCCCUGCUUUUGUGUUGCUUCUUUGCAGUAGAGGCACAGACAGUAACUAAUUCCUUGUUUUUUCGAAUAAAGAUAUUGCAGAUGCACUCACAUUUUUCUUUUUCAAUACACGCAAAAACGACAAAUUAUUUGAAGAAAAGUUCAGUGGUCCUGUCAAACGUAUUCAGCAAUUUUUUUCCUUCGAGCACUCGUUGCAGUGUGUCACCCCGGAGGGCUUGAUGCCACGUUUGGGACAGACGAGACAGGGUGCCCACGAUGUUCUGUUUCGACAACGAGUGCAGGAAGUAAGGCGGUAAUAAUUUGGUCUGCAAUGAUAAAC